CACCUGCCCCUUUUGACAUUUGUUGGGACAGUCCGACAGUAUGCUGUCACCUGUAUGGAAGAAUCUCAAUCAUUCCAUCGGUGGAUUCGGUGCAGUUGGGGAAGCUGCGGAGCUGUCCAAGGUCUUGGUAUAAGCCGAUCAAUUGCGUUGCACGUGUCAGAGACUCGAGACUGAGAGACUGAGAGAGUCAGAGAGUCUGAGAGUCAUUAUAUAUACGCCGAUCUCCCCUGAGUGGAAUUGGGAUGUCCAUCAUCUCCCAAGCUGCUGCUACCACCAGACUUCCCCGUGGGUGCACUUUGCUGGCUUCUUUCCCAUUUGAUCUUUUGUCCCCCAAGAUCCUCUCUCUCAACACAAUAGUUCGUGGUCUAUUGUCAACAUGAAGGUCACCGCCUCCGUCCUCCUCGCCUCUUUGGCCGGUAGCGCCGCCGCGGCCAGGAUCCCCGUGAAUGCCCCCGGCCCCGCUCCCGUCCUUUACGCCAGCAAUGCCCCCAACGCCGUGAGCAUGUCCACCCUCCGGUCCAAGAAGAUCGCCCAAUUCGAGCACGACGCCGCGGUCGGUGCCUACGACAUCAACGCCUACCAACGUAUGGGUCCCACUCCCUGUGUCAACGGCACCGCUGGCGAGUACAAGUGCAACAACGUCGACCUCAAGGGCUUCCUUCGGCACCAGGAUAUGCACAGCCGCACCCGCGUGGGGAAUGAUGUCUGGGGCUGGGUCGCUGCCAACGGCCGAGAGUUCGGUCUUGUCGGCCAGACCGACGGCACUGCCUUCGUCGAGGUCCUCUCCGACGGCAGCCUCCAAUAUAUCGGCCGCCUGGGCACGCAGACCGUCGCCUCCACCUGGCGCGAUAUCAAGGUCAUCGGCAACUUCGCCUACAUCGGUUCCGAGGCCCCCGACCACGGCCUCCAGAUCUUCGACCUCCGGAAGCUCCUCGCCGUCGACCCGGCGAGCCCGGUCAGCUUCAGCCCGGCACGCGACCUGACGGCCCGCUUCGCCGGCUUCGGCAGCAGCCACAACAUCGUGGCCAACGAGGAGACGGAGACCAUCUUCGCCGUCGGCACCGCCACCAACCUCCGCUGCCGCGGCGGUCUCUGGAUGGUCGACGUGUCCAACCCGGCCCGCCCGCAGGACGCCGGCUGCGUCAGCGGCGACGGCUACACCCACGACGCCCAGUGCGUCAUCUACCGCGGGCCCAUGCAGCAGUUCCACGGCCGCGAGAUCUGCUUCAACUACAACGAGGACGCCCUCACCAUCGUCGACGUCACCCGCCGCGCCAUGCCCGUGCAGCUGUCCCGCACCACCUACGUCGGCGCCACCUACACCCACCAGGGCUGGUUGGCCACCGACGACCACCGUUACCUCCUCCUCGACGACGAGCUGGACGAGGACUACGGUAACGGCGAGGCGGCCGACGGCCAUACCACCACGUAUAUCGUCGACGUCACCGACCUCACUUGGCCCGUCUUCCGCGGCGUCUACAAGAGCCCCGUCCGCGCUAUCGACCAUAACCAGUACAUCAUUGACGGCAUUGCGUACCAGAGCAACUAUGGUUCGGGUCUCCGUAUCGUCGAUACCCGGUCUAUUCUUGACGAUGAUAGCGGCGCCGGGUUCACCGAGAUUGGCUACUUCGAUGUCCGUCCCGAGGAUGACGACGCCCCGGGCGGCGGCGAGGUUAGCUUCAACGGUGCUUGGUCCGUCUACCCUUACCUCCCUAGCGGGUACCUGCUCGUCAACAGCAUUGAGCGUGGUAUCUACUCGCUGAAGUACACCGCGUGAAGGUGCGGGAUGCCGAGCCAUGGGGCACGGCACUGAAUGGGGGAAGGAAAGAGGAAUGAGACUCGGGAGACGGGAGGACGGGAGGGAAUGGUCCCGGUCGAGAUGGUUGUACACUGUACAUAUAAUUGUAUCUUAGCUUCCAGGCGGUCAGUACGGCGUCCCAGGCUCGGAUCGGAGCCGGGGCGCAAAGUGGG